AGGUGCGGACGGCAGGGUCGGGUCGGCUGGGGGCCGGUGCUCCCGAGGCCUCAUGAAGCCGCAGGAGCCGCCGGAGAGCGGCCCCGCCGCCGCCGUGCUGGAGGCGCUGAAGCAGCGGGCGUGCGAGAGCGUGGAUCUGAACGCUGCGCGUUUGGACGCGCUGAGCCGCGAUAUCUGGAGCCAUCCCGAGCUGGCGUACGCGGAGCACCAGGCGCACGACGCCCUGACCCGCUUCUUCUCCGGCGCGGACCUGCCCGGCGCCGCCUGGGCCGUGCAGCCGCGCUACAAGCUGGGCACGGCUUUCCGCGCCGACUGGGGCACGGCAGCCCCGCAGGACCCGCUGCGCCUCGCCUUCCUCUGCGAGUACGACGCGCUGCCCGGGCUCGGGCACGCCUGCGGCCACAACCUCAUCGCCGAGGUGGGAGCCGCCGCCGCGCUGGCGCUGAAGGCUGCCCUGGAGAGCCUGGCGGAGCCCGUGGCCGUGCAGAUCACGGUGCUGGGGACGCCCGCGGAAGAGCAAGGAGGAGGCAAAAUAGACCUGAUCAAGGCUGGAGCGUUCGAGGGCCUGGAUGUGGUUUUCAUGGCGCACCCUUCGCAAGAAAACGCUGCUUACCUGCCCGACGUGGCCGAGCAUGAUGUGACUGUGAAAUACUUUGGAAAAGCUUCUCAUGCUGCUGCUUAUCCUUGGGAAGGAGUUAAUGCAUUAGAUGCUGCUGUUCUUGCGUACAACAAUCUGUCUGUUUUAAGACAGCAAAUGAAACCGACCUGGAGAGUUCAUGGUGUAAUAAAAAAUGGUGGUGUGAAACCUAAUAUCAUUCCUUCUUACACUGAACUAGAGUUUUACUUGCGUGCUCCUUCAAGAAAAGAACUUUCUGUUCUGACAGAGAAGGUUGAGAACUGCUUCAAAUCUGCAGCAGUGGCCACAGGAUGCAAGGUGGAGAUAAAAGGUGGUGAAAAUGAUUACUACAAUGUGCUUCCAAAUAAGAGCCUGCAGAAAAUUUACAAGGAGAAUGGAAAGAAGCUUGGAAUAGAUUUUAUAUCAGAAGAUGCUAUCUUGAAUGGUUUGUCAGGUUCCACAGACUUUGGAAAUGUUACAUUUGUGGUCCCUGGAAUUCAUCCUUAUUUUUAUAUUGGCUCUGAUGCAUUGAAUCAUACUGAGCAGUACACAGAAGCUGCAGGGUCACAGACUGCUCAGUUCUAUGCCUUGCGCACAGCAAAAGCUUUGGCAAUGACUGCACUGGAUGUCAUUUUCAAGCCAGGUCUGUUAGAAGAAGUCAGGGAAGACUUUAGAGAAGUGAAGCUGAAAGAAGAGGAGCAAAUAAAUCCAGUAGAACCUAAGAAAGAAUCUGGUCUUGGUGUAGGAGCGUGUGCAUCACACUAAACUUGAUUAAAACAUUCUCAGUAGGACUGACUUAACGGAGAUGCUGGAUUUAAAUCCCAGUAGGGGCUGGAUAAAUACAUAGCUGAAGAAAUGAUGAUUUGAUUUUAUUUGGACUUUAGGAGAAGUAAAUAGUAUCAUUGCUUUCAAAAAUGUGAAAUUUCAUCUAGCUGUAAUGUGUUCACUAUGGUGAUGAUUUUCAUACGGAGAUUUCAAAUGUGUUCUCUUUAAUUUGCAGUGUUGAAUAAAUUAUAGUGUUUAGAUCCCUUGUCAGUGAUUUUCUAUGUAGUGCUAUAGCGAUAUUCCUUAUAAAGGAAGCAUGGCAGUUUUCUGUUCUAAAAUAAGUACUUUUCAUUCGGUGAUCAUAUGCUGAAUCUGAUCUGUGAAGCUUUUAUAAAAUUUCUGGUCAGUCGCUUUUUUAGGGACAAGGUGGAGACUUAAAACAUGAGCUGGUUUCACUGGAGAGAAGGGGCUGUUUGGAAAUAUGCCUGGUUUUAAUAAUAGUGGCUUCUAGCAAUGGAAGAGGACUAUUUGAAUGGGAAUGCAAUCUAUAAAGCUUGAUUGUCCUGAAACGCAUUGAUUUUCCUCCUAAUAGAUUUUGGAGGUGUUGUGGAGAAGUCAUGGAUCACAAAAUUGGAAGGCAGCUAAAUGUUUAAUUUAUUAAAUUAACACGUUUAAACUACUGCAGGAAAAAUUCUGCUCUGAGGCAAUACAGGUGUCCACACGAGGCAUUGCAUUAGCUUAACUGAUCUGAAGCAGGUGUAUAAAUUCAGCUAAACCAAAUUUUUGUCACAAAGCUACAAGUGUGGUGCCAUGAAGCAAUAAAUGGUUGUGUGCAAGGCCCUCUAGUAAGCUCAGGGGAGCUUGCAGUGAGGACUGCUGGUGCAGUAACUGGCUUCUUUAACCUGUUUGUUCCUGUGUGCUAAGCAGCAGAUUUGUUAAAUCUUGCCAGUUGUCCUUUUUGUAUAUUGCGUAGUUAGGCCGUUCAGUCUUUGUUACUUUGCUUCGCAGAGACAUUAAUACUGCAUUUUUAUUUAGGUGGUGUUCUGUGUUCCCAGACAUGUUAGGAUGUCUUAAUUUACUGGUUAAAGGAUCUCGUGAGCACACAGAAAAGAAGUAAGUGGGCAGAUGGAGUGAGAAAGCAACUCUAAUGUUGAACGAUUAACAUUUUCCUAAGUACAGGUUACUGUAAGCUUCAGAAAGGAAGGCAGGCAAGCUGUAUUCUUCAGGAAGAAUAAUUGACUUUCAGAAAUAUUUUUUUUUAGCAGUCUCUAAAUGGUAAACUCUAAAAUUCUAUUCAGCAUUUAUAGCUUAUUGAUUUCUGUAUUGACUUCAAUUUUACACCACUAUCCUUGCUUUCCUUAGCAAGCAGUUUUCACAGAUGGAUGUCUGAAAGAGACGAAGGUGGGACUCUGAGCUAUACAUGUGUCCGGGAUAGUAAGUUGAAUACUAAAUCCAACUGAAAUUUGUUCUAAGGUUUGUCAAAGGAACUAUGUCCUUACCUUUUAGUUUACAGUCUGCCUGACCAGCUCUCAGACACAAUUGCAGUUCAUUAAGAUCUACAGGGUUAACAGGCUAGUACAUUUAUUUCCUUGGUACAUGUGACUUUUUAUUUCCUACUGCAAGAACUGCUUAACUCAUUGCUCUGCUGUUUUUAAGAUGAAGCGUUUGGAUACACAUAGGUAGCACAUGCUUUGUUGUUGUGUUUCCUACAAGCUGAUAUGCAUUAAAGCCUUCUCAGUUCUCUUUGUCCAGACUUCUUGGCUGCGUCAUAUCCAAGAUCAGUUAAUUUAACUUGUCUGAACUAAAAGCUUGUUCUUCAUUUUGUUGUAAUCGUUGCUGUACUGAAUAAGUACUGAUUAGUGAUGAGUGGGUAUUAGUAAAGCAAUUUCAUUGAUUGACUUUUCCUGUCCUUUGCUUAAUAUUGGGAUGCAUGAUUUUGAGUAGCAUGUUUGAUUUUUUUCUUUUUCCCCCUCUUAGUUUGUUAAGUUCAUGUAAGAUUGAGAGUGUUUUAGGCUUUCCAUUUUCGUCUCUUUGUGAGGGUGAAUGCUUUUCAAAUAUAGUAUUUCAUGUUAGUCUUUAUGAUCUUAUAGUUAUUUUAACUGCUAAAACAUGUUGGAAUUGAUAGAAUAAGUUGGCAUGUGAGCCUGUGAGUGAUCGCUGAAGGAUCUCGGUUAGGCUAAAGCUGAUCUAGCCUCCAGUUUGAAGUGGGAUUAUCACCAACACUGGGUCAGGUGAUCUUGGCUUGAUUUGUCAAAUCCUUGAAUAGUCUUUCAGCCUUUCUCAGCUCGCUGUGUGAGCUAAUUCUAGUUUGUCUCAGAAUGUUAAUUCUUGAGGUCCAGAACUAAAGCCGUUUGGGAUUUAACCUUGCAAUUUUACUAUCACAGUGGUACUAUGUAUGGGAGAAUUUUAGCUCUUGUGGGAAUAAAACUUUGAUUUUCAGUCAUUUAUACUCAUAAAUCAUGCAUAUAUUAAAAUAUCCAACAUGCUUUUUCAGCUGCGCUAACUGCAGUCUUCCCCAAGCGGUUUGUAAUUUAAGAAUAUUGAAAUAUUUGUCAGGAAUAGUAUUCUCAGUAAUGAAUCAAAAUGUGUAGGUAAUGAACUGUAAUGGCUGAAAUUAUUCUGAACUGCUGAUGGCAAAUCACAGCUGUGAAAAGAUGAGGUGAUGAUGUCCAGGGGUUGUGGAGAACUUAAAGCCUCUGACAGCCUACCAAACUACUGUAUUUCCUUAUUUAGUGUCUGUCUUAGAACCUGAGUAAAAGAUACACCUGGUUUAAGGCAAAGCAAAAAAUAAAACAUGAAAUGUGA